CACCACUCGACCACGCUCGACUGUAGCAACAAAGACUUGCGCUCACAUAGUACUAACCUUGGCGCAGCGCAACUGAUCAACAGGCACACACAGUGAAACUACCGCAAGCAUGGCACCUUCUGGACCGCCACCGUACACAAUAGACCAAAUCAACGCAAUGAGCACGAAAGAGGAACGACUGCGCGCCCGCGCAGAACUGAAUAGCUACAUUGCGCGCAUGAAGAAAGAGCAGCAGGACCGACUCGCCCACGGCUACACCGCAGAUGGAUACGCAGCACCGACGUACCACAGCCCUGCGUCUGGAUACAACCCUCGGGGUCGCGGCGCGUACAACCCAUACCGAGGAGGACCACAGCGUGGCGGAUAUGCAUAUGGAGGGCGGGGAGCGACUUCGUACCAUCCGUAUCAGCGCCCGCCACCGUCACAUGGCCCGGCCAAAUUCAAGAACCGCACCGUCGUCUUCAACAAGUCAGACGCGUCUGCUGAAACCCCUGGUGCUGAGGGCGUCUCGGCUCCCGGUUCAGCGCCGCUGUCGACUGCUCAUUCAAGACAGAACAGUCCUCUCGCCACGGAACCCAAGCAGCUUUGCGCGACUUUCACAUGGACAGGCAUAUGCACGCGCCACGGAUGCCCCCUCGUCCACGACCCGAACAAACAGGCGCUCUGCAAGCGCUGGCUCUUCAAGAACGACUGCAAUCGAGGUAGCCGCUGUUCUCUGUCUCACGAUUCCACCCCUCACAACGUUCCGACCUGUCUACACUUCCAGGAAUCACGAUGCACGAACGAGGACUGUCGAUUUGCGCAUAUUCGCGUCAACCCGGCAGCUCAGAUCUGCGACGCUUUCGGGCGUCUCGGGUACUGCGAGAAGGGCGCCGAGUGCGCAGACCUGCACGCCUACGAGUGUCCCGACUUUGCGAACAAAGGCGAGUGCAUUCGCGGCGACAAAUGCCAACAUCGACACAUUCAUCGUGCGUCCCGGAUGCGGAAGGCUGCUGGUCACGCUACGCCAGAAGAGCAAUCACGAGCCGGUUCGCCCGAUGCUGAGAUGGCGGGCAAUGCGAUGCAAGAGAUGACCUCGGACACGUCGCAGGCACCCCAGAUGUUCACGCAGCAGGUCGACUACGUACCCUUCGACGUGGAAGAUUAGGCAGCACGCAGCACUGCAUUCUCGACACUAAGAAUAUGUAGGCCCCCUCCCCUGCGCAGCGCUACCUCCACCUAACCCAUGUUCCGCAUCGAAGCUGCAACUCGAUUGCUUAUCCGGUAGGGCACUUUUGACUUUGCUGUUGGACUAUUUUGACGUCCCAAGUCUCGAUUCAGCGUUACCCCGACACGGUGCGUAUUGCGAUGAUACCCCUUUGCGCUUCACGACGGCGUCAUGUCCGUGAUCCCUGGUAGUUUCCUAGCUUCUUGGUGUCAGUAGAUAGCCGGGUCCGGGGCUGGACGCUUUCGUUCAUCCAGAAGAACAGUAAAAGCAUGUAGGAAUAAAAGAAUGAAGAAUGAAGAAUUAAGAAACAAGAAACAAGAAAUAAAAAAUAAAAAAUAAAAAACAAAA